CCGUUCUGUCACACCACGACCACCCGACCGCACUUUGCCUUAACGACUCAAGGUCUACCGCGAGGUUAGCACUUCGAGACGUAACGCCAAGGUGCACCCCCUCUCCACUCACUCCUUAAUACCUACUGUUUCUUUAGGGGCGUUGCUUCGCGUAACCCUCCCACUCAUCAUGAGCCUUGACACAUACCCUCCCUCCUUCCUUGGCACUGCUUCUUCAAGAAGUCAUCCAUACGCCCCAUCUCUUUCUUCAUCAGCCUCCUCUUCCACCUCUUCAGUCUUUUCAGACGCCGCCUCUCAGACAUCCAACUCGACAUCCGCUUCUGCACAGUCGGCUGCCAGCGGAUGGGAGCCUGAAGAAUGGACCUCAAGGACACGGCAAGCUCCGCCCGCAGCUGCCGUCGAUCCCAUCGCCUAUUCUACCUUUGCGCCGAUUAGUCGAGUCAGCACCUUUCCGCAGUACCAACCCUCGGCAUGCCGCGAGACCGCCGCGGAGCGGGUACUGCCUCCUCUCCGGACCGAUGUCGCUGCCCCAGUGGAGCAACGACAGCAUCCUCGCCGAUCUUCUUCCACGCUCAGCCAACGCGCACCUCCUCAGCUGGUCCGGCAAUGCGACCGGAAAGUCAAUUUCGUUGAUUGCCUUGUUGAUUCUGCUACGCAGAUGGUUGAAGUCAUUUGGCCAACGUCAGAUCCGUCAAGUCGUUGCGAAACUGCUUCUGGCCGUGGAGUCUUGCCACUGCGCACCUUUAUCCAGGAGACGCUGCGGCGAUCGCGUACAAGCUACUCGACGCUUCAAGUUGCCUUGUACUACCUAAUCCUGAUCAAGGCUCAUGUGCCAAAGCAUGACUUCACUAUGGAGCAGCCCGAGGAUGUGGCCUCACUACGAGCUCUGCAGUGCGGGCGGCGCAUGUUCCUCGCCGCUCUCAUCCUCGCGUCAAAAUAUUUGCAAGACCGCAACUAUUCAGCUCGCGCGUGGAGCAAGAUCUCCGGGCUCAAGGUCUGCGAGAUCAACACCAACGAAAUGGCUUUCCUCGCGGCUGUUAACUGGAAGCUCCACAUCACGGAUCCUAUCUGGGAGAGGUGGCAGGAGAUUGUCCUCAAGCACACGCCCACAAACCCUCCACCGUCUCCUGGGGGUUGCCUUCCAAACACUUGGAGAUGCAUUAUCCCGAGGUUGACGCCGGAAUUGGAUAUCGUCGACAUUGCGCCAAAAACACCAAUUACCUCUGUCAGGCCCACACUACAGUCCCACGUUAGCUCAUACCCUAUCCGCUCCCCAAUCGCGGAGACUUUCGGUUCGCAGGACAGCACGCCGACUCCCAGCCAUUACAGGGUGCCUCGCUUCCUCGAACCGAAGCCGGAUCUCCUCCCACCCACUCCAUCUCUUGUUCGCUUGGGUCCUUUGCCUACGCCUUCUUUGACGCCCCAGUCCACGGUCUCGAACACUCCUGCAGCGAGUGUCCUGGCCUUUGGACCAAGGCGGCCGUCCAUGUGCUCUGCCAUGGCACAGGCACAAAGCUCCUCGUUGGCGCGCAGCUGUGUGGAUCAGUUCAACCCCAGCGUCCGGAAUGGGUUGGAAGCCUACCACUUCCCCAGCCGACGUCCGUCUCUGGCUCUGUCCACCACGUCUUCGGCAUCAUCGCCAGAGUCUAUGGUUACGGACAACUCUCGCUCUUCACGCGCCUCAUCAAUCUCAUCAGUCUCAUCUGCUGGCUGGGCGCCGAAUCAGGCCAAAUUGGCCCGAUUGGCGACGUGCCGCAGCGCGAGGCUGCCCUAUCCGGCGCUGUCAAAAUGCAAGGAGCAGUACGAAUACGCUCCCAGCGAGCCGAUGUCCUCGCCAGACCUGGAGAGCUUCCACAUUGAUGAUUCUGAAGCUACGCCAGUAAAGUUCGACAGUCCGGUUGCCAUUGCUGUACCCGCCUCCAAGGCGAGUCGCAAGCGCGGCCGAUCUUCCGUCGACCUCCAGCAGAACGUUCGUCACCUGCUUCACAGCUCCCGCUCUACGUCCUUCCUUCGCGGAGAGAAGACUGUCCUUCCUGAUCGUUCGAUCGCGCAGUCGUUCGUCCUCUCUGGUGACCGGACGCCUUCGUCGUGCACCGGGCCUAAGGGGCUGCAGUCCCCAAAGCGCACGGUGCCGGAAUGCAGAGUUCCGUACCAGAAGGACUAUGGCAAGAAGCGCACCUGCUGUGGAAGCGAAGCUGCUCAGACAUUCCGACGAGAAGGUCCUGGCAUGUGGGAAGGUGUCCUGUAGCGCCAUCGCCUGCAAACACUGAAGAAGUCGACAGCCAAUAAAAGGCGGACUCAAAGAAGAAAGAAAAAAGGGCACAUAGAUGCCUCCUACACGCUUACUUCCUAAGCAUCCUUU